AUGCCAUUUCUCGCAAGAAACGACUUGUACAAGAUUGAGAAGCCAUAUGGCGCCGAUUUCCCAGUUGAUGGAAUCAAAGGCGCCUCAAUAACGAACCACAUAUUUGACAUUGUGCCCAUCAAUUUCCAUGACGCUCGUCAGCUGAGCGUUCCUUUAACUUUGGAAACCAAUGGGUGUUGCUUUAUCAAGGCUAAAACAUCACUGGGGGCUGAAGAUGCUACGAACGAAAUGAGUGAGGCAAUGAGCCGCUUCACCGAAGAGGUUAUAGACAUUGUCAAGCAGAACUUCCCUCAGUACGUCGAAGUCAAGUUCGCAGACUUUCAAGUCCGCAAGCGAGCUGCCGCCUUUCCUGAUGGACAUGGCCAGAGAGUAGAGUUUGCUCAACCCGCCGCUGUUCCUCAUACAGACUUUUCUGUUGUAGGCGCUCUGCGUCGAAUGGCAGAGAUAUUACCUGGAGAAGAAGACCAGUACACUCAUAGAGAAUUUGAUCUCAUCAAUGUUUGGAAGGUUCUCAAAGGACCGAAUAAUGAUUGGCCGCUUGCCGUUUGCGAUUAUAAGACGGUGAAUAUCGCAACAGAUAGUACGGCAAACGAUGCACUUCAUUUGGAAGGAGUUGGGGAGAACUGGCUGUUGCAUCAUAACGAUAAUCAGCGCUGGUACUACUUCAGUAGCAUGGAUGUCAAUGACAUAAUUGUCUUCCGUAAUACCGACUCCAAGGGGAAAUUGUCCCGGUGUUUCCAUGCCGCAUUUUGUAACCCUGCGGCUCGGGGCUUACCCCGCGAGAGUGUUGAGGUCAGGCUCGUGGCAUAUCGGUCAUGA